CAUCAUCGUCAUCAUCAGUGCUGCUCCCACCAACAACACACGAACAUUCAUCCUCAUCAUCAUCAUCAUCAGUGCUGCUCCCACCAACAACACACGAACAUUCAUCAUCAUCAUCAUCAUCAUCAUCAGUGCUGCUCCCACCAACAACACACGAACAUUCAUCAUCAUCAUCAUCAUCAUCAUCAGUGCUGCUCCCACCAACAACACACGAACAUUCAUCAGCUGCUCAUUCGACAAACAAGAUUAAUAUGAUGCAGCAGGUGUGGGCGAGAAGUGCCGAGGCGGGCGGUACCGUGUAGCGUCACACGGCGUGGGAGAUGAGGGCUGUUCUUCCGCUGGGUGGAGGCAGCGAUGGAGGGGAGCUCCACGGCCUGCGCACAAAAGUGGGCAGGAUGAAGAAGCUGCUGGGGCUGGGGCACAAUCCCUCGGUGGAUGCCCAUUUGGACACAGAGCCUGGUGUGUGGCUGAGGCGCUUCCAGCUGUUGGAUGCUGAAGUACAGUGUGAGGACCCGGUGCAGGAAUGGGGGGAGGAGGAGGAGGAUGGUGUUGUCUUCGGCAUCACGCUGCAUCGGGAGCCUGCCUUGCCCAAAUCGGACACGGCGGAUGACUGUGCGGCCUUCAGCUAUUCUCAGUACCACACAGUGAAGUUGCGCAGACUAAAAGCUGGCACUCUGGAGCAGCUCGUCAGCCAUCUGCUGGAUCCCAAGAAUCAGGAGCCUGACUACGUCCAUGUUUUCCUCUCCAGCUACAGAGCCUUCACCUCUCCCAAUAACCUAAUCGAGCUACUCUUUCAGAGAGAUGACUUAGAUACCUGCCAUGACAACACUUUCUACCCACAAAGUACUCUACUCCAAGUGAUUAGAAUGUGGUUAAUAGAAUACAGUGCAGACUUCAAUGAGCCUCCCAAGUACCAGGCCCUCCGGCUGUUGUGUGCUCACCUGCGACGUCGCCUUUGCUUUAGACGCUUGGCUCAGACUGCGGGGAGUCUGCUGAAAUCGCUCCAGGAACAAGAUUGCAGCCGGUCUGCACCAGUGGAUGACAUUGACACAAUGCAGCAGGACCACAGGGAACUGCUUUGCAAGGAGGAGGACAAACAUUUCUUUAUAAACUUCUCUGUCAGGGACAUAGCAGAACAGCUCACCAGAUUGGACAUGGAACUAUUUGUCCAUGUGGUACCUUUUCACUGCCUUGGCUGUGUGUGGUCACAACGGGACAAGAAGGAAAAUGGGAAUCUGGCACCUAGCGUCCGUGCUACCAUCUCCCAAUUCAAUGCCGUCACCAACCGUGUCAUCACUUCACUGCUUUGCCCGUCCUCUCCAUGCCCCUCCACUUCCUCUCCAAUCUCAUCACCGGGCUCUUCUUUGCGUUUCCUCUACCCUUUGAGCACCCCGGGUUCGCCUCAGCCCUUCCAAACUGGUCCUUCCUGCAGAGCACGUAUCAUUGAGUGGUGGAUCACAGUUGCACAGGAGUGUAGGCGAUUGACAAAUUUUUCUUCCUUGCGGGCCAUCCUCUCAGCCCUGCAGUCCAACGCUGUGUAUCGCCUCAAGAAGACCUGGGCGGCUGUCAGCAAGGAAAGCUUGGCCACCUUUGACCAUCUGUGUGAGACAUUUUCUGACGAGAACUGUGUGCUGGCCACCAGAGAGAUUAUGAAAGAGGAUGGGACUCAUUCAGAGGGUGGCAUCAUCCCCAGCUGGAGGUCACCGCCUCUCUGUUCCAAACAAAUGCAGAAAGGUGGUAUCAUACCUUACCUGGGCUCCUACCUGACUGUCCUCACUAUGCUGGAUACAGCUUUUACUGACACUGUGGAGGGUGGCCUGAUCAACUUUGAGAAGCGCAGAAGGGAGUUUGAGAUUCUCUCUCAGAUUCGUCAGCUUCAGGCUUCCUGUUCCCACAAGCAGAUUCCUGUUAAUCCUCCCAUAAGCAACUGGCUGAAGACGCACACACUCCUUACUGAUCAGGAGAGCUAUGAACUGUCUCGUGAGCUGGAACCUCCCGUUGAUCCAUGUCCUAGCUCUCCCAAUUUAUGGAGCGGUCGACUGCUGAAUAAGAAGCUGCCUUUGUUGCGCAAAAACAGCGACAGUUCUCUGGAGAAGACUCACACUGACCAGAUCAGCGUGUCAUCUUCCAGCUCCAGCGGCUCAGACAUGGACGACCUCAGCGCGCCUCAGGCGUCCCCACUUGGACUCAAACUCAAGUCGCUCUCCAACUCCAUGCACAACAUCGCAGAGGGAUACGCCUCCAUCUCUUCCUCCUUCUCCUCCUGUUCCCCAAGUCUCUCCAGCUCCUCAUGCAGCUCCUCUCAUCCGGACCUGAGCUGCACCUCCAUGGCGCUGAGCCCUGACUCCUCAUGCUCCUCCAGCAUGUCCACGCAGUCGGUGCAGCCGGUCUACAACAAGCAGCUUGCCGACUCAUGCAUCGUCAGAGUCAGUGUGGAGUGUAUGAGCAACGGCAACGUCUACAAAAGCAUUCUGCUGACCAGCCAAGACCACACCCCUCAGGUCAUUCAAAGAGCUCUUGACAAACACAACCUUGACAAUUUCAACUGUCAAGACUUCAGCCUCUGUCAGAUGCUCAACAAUGGGAACGAGCUCCACAUCCCUGACAAUGCCAAUGUUUAUUACGCCAUGUGCACCAAAGCCAAUUAUGACUUUGUCCUGCACCCACGCUGGAGAAGCCACGGAAGACAUCAGGGCUCCUCGUCCAGUCCUGGAACUCAGCCCGUGGUCCGCCGGCCCAAGUGAAAAGUGUAGAUGCACACCCCCGAGCGACAAACUAUCAUUCUCGACAACCGGUAUGUCUGACGGAAAGAAGGUCUGCUGCACAUUUGGUCCUUUGAACUUCCCUGCAGCUUUAUUCAAACAACCUCAGCAAGCUCGAACAUGGCUCUCAUGAGGCCCAUUUGGAGCUUUUUGCACGAGUCUAUCUUUCUCCCAAGAAGACUGUUUUCUGCCGGCCACGUCUCACGGUGAAAUGUCACAAUAUCACUUGUGACAAGCACACCUCACUCUAAAUUGGAGUAUUUAUUCACUUGACAUGUUUUUGCGUGACAUCAGUUCUCAACUAAACUAUCACGUUGACCUCAGUAUUUUGCUUUAAGUGUUAUUUGUUGUUGUUUUUUUAAGUAUAGUACAUCUCCAUGAGACCAUUUUCUGACAUAAGCUAGUUGUACUGAAUACACGUAGAAAGUUCAUGUAUCCAAUGAAGGAGACGGUGUGUGUCGGUUGGGCGAUGGAGCUCAUGUGGAGCGUGAAGAAUGGUCCUCGUAUGUCAAAGUGUCUUCAGUAUGUGUGCUGCCAUGUGCAAUUGUUUUUAUAGUGAAGUCAUCAAUGUUACUGUUUGCACAUUUUUUGUUUAAGCCUAUAUGAAAUUAUGUAGAUAUUUUAUUGUUAUUCAUGCACUUAGUGUCAGAAAUUAUUAUGGACUAUCUGCUAAUAAAGACAUUUUAUUUAUCAUAA